ACACAUAACUAUGAUGUAAAGCUAGAUGAUUGCGGGAAACCUUUCAACCUUUCUGCUCAUGAACGCAUCAUAACGCUGCAGCCGCAAUACGUCUGACGUAACGCUGCUUUUGCGUAAGGCACGUUACGCCGACGUCAGGUUGACGGCAUGGGGCGCACACUCAGUGCGACCGUGCUGAGGUCCGUGGGUUUGUGGGGCAGAAGCCGUGCGUCCCAUGCAGCCGCUGAACGCAGCGUCUUCACAACGCGGCCCCGCAGGACGUCGACGCGCGACAGUGGAAACAUGGACCUGAGCAACAUGAGGAAGGAUUAUAAAGGAGACGAGCAGUGUUUCGAGGAGAGUCAGCUGACGUCCCUGGAUCCCAUCAAGCAGUUCGGAAGCUGGUUUGACGAGGCCACGAAGUGCCCCGCGGUCGGCGAGGCCAACGCCAUGUGCCUCUCCACCGCCUCCAAAGACGGACGACCCUCCGCUCGCAUGGUGCUCCUGAAGGGUUACAGCCACCAGGGGUUCCGCUUCUUCACCAACUACGAGAGUCGCAAGGGUUUGGAGCUGGAGAGCAACCCGUUCGCGUGCCUGGUGUUCUACUGGGAGCCGCUCAACAGACAGAUUCGCAUCGAGGGGACGGUGGAGCGGAUCCCGCAGCACAGCUCCCGUGAGUACUUCCACUCGCGGCCGAGGAGCAGCCAGAUCGGCGCCGCCGUGAGUCGCCAGAGCACCCCCGUCCCCGACAGAGACUAUCUAAGGCAGAAGAAUGCAGAACUGGAGGAGAAGUACCGGGACGCAGAGGUGCCCAUGCCCGACUACUGGGGCGGCUACGUCGUCAGGCCGUACCUGAUGGAGUUCUGGCAGGGUCAGACCAACCGGCUGCACGACCGCAUCGUCUUCACCAGGCCGGCGGCCGGGGACCGCGGGCCGAGGGCGUUCGAGCGCGCCGCCGAGGACGGGUGGAGGUUCCAGCGCCUGGCUCCGUGAGGAGACGGCCUCGGGUCCGGAGGGACGCGUCGCUGUGGGCGCCUGCACCGCAGCACCGGACCGGUGCAAAUCUGUGUCCAAUCCAGUUGAAACACUCUGUGGUUCCACCUGGUGACAAUGCUGUUAUUACUGUGGUGUUGAAGAACCUUCAAUAGAACUUACGGUAGACGAUUCACCUCAAAACGUCUGAAUAAAUACACGUAGUGACCACUUCAUUCACCCGUAAAGUGUAAUAAUAAAAGCUAGUGGUUCUGACUGUGUUUUAGCAAGUAAAGUUCUGGUAUUUGAGACUCUAGUUUAUGUUUGUUGACUUUAUAUAUUUAAAUGGUGUGAAGUGUCACUGUUUAUGUCAAACCAGAGCUUCCUGUUCACCAGUUACUGACUGAUGGUGGUAAUAAAGUUCAUGCGUGA